AUGGAUGAUACUAGACCAAGGACGACUCGCCCAGCGCAAAACGCUUCCUCGGAACAGAUUGCAGGGGCAGCCCCGAUCGUCAGCCCAGAAAGCGAGAGGAGGGCGCAAAUGAUAGAGGGUGAGGCAGCACGACAUGACGGAAAUACAGAUGCGGAUUCACGUGCGCCUUCUCCGAUAGUUCGCGUCCCAGGCCAGGAUGGCGGUCAGGCACAGCGUCAACCAGCGGGUACCUCAGGUAGCGCCGUUGCUGGACAAGGCUCAAAUGGAGGCCAAAAGAGUCCCCCUGUUCUUGAGAAUAAAGAGGAAAUGUUUAAGACAAUCGUGGGUAAAGGUGGAUAUGAGAACUUCAACCACAAAGUCAGGAGAGCCCAUCAGUUGCACACUUAUCAAUAUUGGUUUGUCGCCACUACUUCGAACGCGCUCCUGUUCAUACAGGUGGUUCUCGGGGCCUCAUUGACCGUCUUGGGAGCUUUCAACGACAGAAGGGCGAGAACGGCGACUAUUUUCCUCGGUGCAGCGAACACAGUCAUCGCUGCGCUUCUGACAUAUUUCAAAACUCGUAAUCAACCGAACCGGGCUCGACAGCUGCGGAAUGAUUUGGGCAGGGUGGUUGAUCAACUGGACGACGCCGAGGCAAAUUUCCGCACUGCCAAUGUUCCCGAAGACGUUACUGCAACGAUACAGAGUAUCAGGACUGCGUUUAAACAGGCCAGAGCAGAUGCAGAAUCGAACUAUCCCGAUCUCUGGGUAAAAGCUGGCGACGUCAGAAAUCCCUUCAAUCCGGAUCAAGAGAAAGAUGCCACUCCACCAGAACCAUUGGCUCAACCAUCACAACCAGGACAACAGAACCCGGGAUCCGAGGUCUUCGCAUCCGGAGCUCUGGGUGGUCCGCCACUGUCUAGUAAAACAGGAACGGUUCCGCAGGCCACAGGAUGA